ACUGUCUACCGGCGUCUGAGCAUCUACACGGACCACUCCACAGGCACUCGGUACCGGUGACCUACUAACACGGACAGGUGAGCGCAGCUCUGCUCUUCAGCCUGGGCCGGCCAUUGAAGGAAGACUGUAAAGAGAAGUUAUGAAUAAAUUAUGGGUGAUAUUGCCAAAGGAAAGAAGGCCUUUGUACAAAAGUGUGCCCAGUGUCACACUGUAGAGGAAGGGGGCAAGCACAAAGUUGGGCCAAACCUGUGGGGGCUAUUUGGCCGCAAGACUGGCAUGGCAGAGGGAUACUCCUACACAGACGCCAACAAGAGCAAAGGUAUCAUCUGGAGUGAGGACACCCUGAUGGAAUACUUGGAAAACCCCAAGAAAUACAUUCCUGGAACCAAAAUGAUUUUUGCUGGCAUCAAGAAGAAGGGCGAGCGACAGGAUGUCGUUGCAUACCUGAAGUCUGCAACUUCAUAACAUAUGUAGAACAGUAUAAAAUAUUUAAUUUGAUGUUUUUGUUCACUUAUUUUAAAUGGUCAGUUUGGGAUUUGGUGGUUGUGCUGAAUCCAUGUUUAGUCCGAGCGGUUGUCUAAAUGAUCCUGCACUAAUCUUUUUGGUGAAUCUAUAAAUUUUGUCAUCAUUUGAUGGGAACAAUCUUGCUCCAACACUGCGCAUCAUGCGCCUUUUUGUGGUUUGUAACCUCGCCAUACAGUUCAGAAUAUUUGUGCAACCUGGUUCUGACCAUCACAUGUGACCUGUUUUACUAUUAUUAAAAUUAUUUUAAUGAGUGUGUGUCUGGUUGUGCCCCUCAUAGUUCACCUGUAUCUGUAAUGUAAUUCGAUUAUUGCACAUGAGAGAUGGUCAGUUGAAUUUAUCCAUUGAUUAAAAUAUUUUAAAGUAUCACUUA